AAAAAUAAUAGGUAAUUUUUAUUAAUACAAAUUUAAAUAGUUUCCUUCAUUAAAAAUAUGUACCUUUAUUUCAAUAAAUUAACACUAUAAAACAGAUUUGUUGUUUAAACAUACCCAACAAAUCAGGAACUUUCCACAAUGCCUGCUAUUAAGAAGAAGUGGAUCAAAGCUAGCCAAGACAACAGUGAUGUUGUUGAUGAGAAUGACACUGAAGAAGCUGUUGAAGAUGAAGACAAACAAACAGAUGUGACAGACACUAACACUGCACAUGCCUCAACUAAAAAACCAAAAAAGAGACCAGCUCAGACACCCCAAUCUCACAUAUUAAAAGGUCUUGAUGGUGAAGUUCUGAUGGAGAAGCGGAAGCGGUUCAUCCCACCUGCUGAACUUAAAUUAGCUGAUUGGUUAAAUGACAAUCUAGAGAAGCGCACGGAAGAAACACUUCAUUUACCUCACUUGUACAACUACUACACUGAGUUAUGCCAGGCUGAUGGAUCUGAUAUUUUGGAUAUUCCAGAAUUUAACAGGAUGGUGAAAGAAAAAUUUGGUAAAGCUUUUGGCGUUAAAGAAACUUCAGUUUACAAGAGCCUUAUCAAGGAGCGUAAAAUCAAUCAUGAAAAGAAGAAAGCAGGUCUUGGUGGUAUCAGAAUGAAAGAUAUUGUUCAUGAAGCAAUCAACCACUUUAAAAAUCCUUGGAGUGGUGUUCGAUUUUUUACUUUGAAACAGUACCUAGCCACAAAAUAUCCAGCGUUGCGUCUUGAUCAAAAACCCAAAACUUUAAAAAGAGCUUUAGAGAUGGGAGUACAGUAUGGUCAGAUUGAUUUGGUUAAGGGUAUAGGCAUGGCAGGAUAUUACAAACUACCUGGUGGUGAACCCCCACCACCAAAGCGCAAAGAAAAAAAGGAAGAGGAUGGGGAAGAGAAGGAUAAAGAAAAAGAUAGCGAGUCAGCAGAAGAAGAUAAGGAACCAAAAGAAGACAAGGAAGAAAAGACAGAAGAAGCAGCAGAAAAUGGAGAUAAAAAAGAAGACGAAUCUGAAGUUAAGAAAAAGAGACACAGACAAAAAAAAGUUGAAAAAGUGAGUUACUCCAAAAUGAGACAUGGUCAGCCGGAGAAGAUAGAAGACACUUUCCCACUGGCCAUCACCUACCAGUCUGCUCCUAAAGCAGUAGCCAUUACUAGAAUAAGAAAAUAUAUUCAAGAGAAAUAUGGAGAAACUGUACAAGAUACUAGGUGGCGCAAAGCUAUUGAAAGUGGUGUGGACAAAGGCUUUUGGGAAUAUGUUUCAGGAUCAGGCAUUGCCGGGAAACUACAUCUACUAAUGGAUGAUUUUAACCCUGAUUCUGAGCAAAUAGAAGACAGAAUUUGUGCAGCAAUAAUUGCUUGUCAUGAGCCCAAAGCUGCGUCUGCAAACCAGAUAAAAAAAUACAUUUCACAAUAUCAUCCAGACUUCAAUGUGGAUGAGAGACCUGACAAAUUUAAGAAAGCUCUCCAACGUGCCGUAGCAAAAAACAUGAUCAUGCAGCUGAGCGGUCUAGGUGCUAGUGGUUCCUUCCAGCUUACAGGUCCAUUUAUCCCUUCCCCAAUCGUGCUUGCUGGAGAGGAUGAUUCAGAUGCUGAUGAUGAAGCUUAUGAUUCUGAUGAGCCAGUUUACAUCCCCAAAGGGACCAAAUCUAGAGGAAUGCCAAAGGUUAAAACCAUGGAAGUGGUCCACUCUCCUCCCAGUAAGUCUAAAAAAGCCAAGCCAGCUAAAAAAGAGGCAGAACCAAGCAGGGCCAAACCCAAGAAAGAAGACGAGAAACAACCAGAAGGUAGAGCUUCAAGGGGUAAAAAAGCACCCCCCAAAAAGGCAGCUAACAAACCAAAAGCUGACACCAGAAAGAAAUCUCAAGACCUGUCUGAUGAUGAAGAGGAAGAAGAAGAGGAGGAGGCAGAAGAAGAUGAGCCUGAAUACACCCCGAGAAAGUCUCAAUCUCGGGGCGGUGCUCCACCAGCCCAGUCACCAAAGGUGGUCAAGAAAGGUAAGAAAAAGCCAACAAAACAAACCAAGAAGAAGGCUGAAAAGGAAGAAGAGCCUGAGGUUUCUGACACUGAAGAACCUGAGGCUAAAAGUAAGGAGACCAAAAAACCCCCUGCUAAAAGACCUGCUCCACAGAAGGCAGCAGGCAAAGCCAAGAAACCUGCAGCAGAGAAAAGCCCAGCGAAGAAACCCAAAAAAGAUGUAUCCGAAGAUGAAGAGGAAGAUGACACAGAGCUGAUCGUUGAAUACACUCCACGUAAAUCAAAGUCAAGGGGUGGGGAAGCUGAGAAGGUGGCUGAUUCACGCAAAUCAAAAUCCCGUGGUGGAGGUGGGGAUGCAGAUAAUGAAGGGGAAGUGGCUGAAUAUACACCUCGCAAAUCCAAAUCUAGAGGGGGUGGCACAGAGAGUGACGAGGUGGAAACGGCUGAGCCUGAGCUCCCUUCUCGCAAAUCAAAAUCAGGAGGUGAAGCAUCAAAACUUAAAGGUGACAGCACCGAGAAAGUGGCGCCAAGCAGUGACAAGAAAAGCAAAGGGAAGUCCAGAUCUAGGAAAAGGUUCUGAUAAAAUGGUUUAAUUGACAGUAUUCCAUUUGUUUUUAUGAAUGGGGAUGAAAAUUGAUAUUUGAGACCAAAUAAAUUUAUCAAGUUUUAAUUAGUAUGUGUGCAAUUAAGGGGAAGUAUUUUUUUGUUGUCACCUUAUCAUAAUUAAUGUAACUCUUCAUCUUCCUGACAUUAAAAAAAAAAUGUAUGCUUUCUAGUCUUCUUAAUACAAGAUUUCACUUUAUUUAGCAAUUCACACCUUGUUCUUGGAGUGAAAUUAAAAGAGUUGUUAGUACUGGAGUGACACUCUGCUCUGUGUACAACAAGCUCUCAUGUACAUAUUUCUUUUAAAGUUAUUUUACUUUAGUGGCUAUUGUAAUCAAUGUAUUCUAUCUUUUUAUUUCUUUAAAAAGUUAUGAUCUACACAUUUGUAGCAAGUGCUACAAGCUGUAACAUAGCAUAGUGCUACCAGCAAUAAAGUAGCAGUUGUGCUACCAGCUGUGUUCAUUGAAUUGACUUGUUCAUCCCCUUUGACUACCAUGGACUACAUGUUGUACUUUAACUUUUAUAUUUCUUGUUUCCCUCCCAUACAAGUUUUAUACAUUAAUUUUUAAGCCCAAUGCUUGUGUUAUUUUCAUCUGUUGCAUCAAGCAAGGGCAAGUGUUCUUUUUGUUUUUUUAAAAUUUGGUACUGUUUGCCCUUGUGUGAACUAGGUCAUGAUUUGUAUCUACAUUGGUUGAGCUAUGAGUUGACCUUGAACUCAUAACUGCUUGUGUAGAUUUUUACUUUAUAAUUUUUAUUAACUUUUUAUUAAAUAACAGUGUGUAUUGAAGUUGCUUCACUGCCAAAGGAGAUGAAGGGGGUGGGGAUUGUAUGAUUUUCUGGUGUGGGUUGUCAUUAUCAUUGCAGUUUGUCACCAUUCAUCAUUUUACUUUUGGACAUUGUAGUACAACUAGUGUAUUUGUUUGUCAUUCUUUACAAGUAUUGCAGCAUAAGUUAUCCUUCUUUAUUCACUGUUUAACUGUGAUGAAUGAUUAAAUCAGUAUACUAUU